CUGCUCUGGCUCUGCACCAUGGGCCUGAGCUCCUCCAAGGCGCGGCCCAGGGUGACCAGGGUGGCCCCGGUGUCCCCCCGGGGGGAUGUGCCCCCUCUGGCUGCCCUGCAGGAGCUGCCCGGGGAGCCAGGCCAGCCCCCAGCCUGGGGAAAGCCCAAAUUCCAGCUGGAACUGCCUCCUCUGCGGGAGACCUGGUACGGGAGAGCCUCUGCAGGGCCCCUCUCUUGGAAUCCCUUGCCGGGACAGGAUGGGACCAGCAUCAUCAAGCAGCACCCACCUCGAAGGCCUCAAAGGCUUGAACCUGCCAUCCCUCCACAAGCAAUCAUGCCUGCGAAGCCCUGGAGUCAGCCAGAAGCGGCUGCAAGCCCAAAACCAAAGGUGCUGGAGAAGAGGGGGCAAAGCCUGAAUCCCCUCCCUGGCAGGAGGCAGCACUUGCACAAGCUUCAGAUGCUGGACUUGACCCGCAAGCGACGAGAGGCGGAGCUGAAGAGGAAUCUCCACAGGGAGGCGAAAAUCAAUGAGCAAAACUUCAAGAAAUUCAGCCCCAAGGAUGUCCUUGACACUCCCCAGAGAGGUGACAGCACCAGGAGCCCAGACCCCAUCCCUGCUGAGCACAAUCAGCGUUUUCCUGAAGACGACCCUGGAAACACGUGGGGUGGAGGACUCUGCAGGGUGGAACCCUCUCCAGACAGGAGGGGGAAGGCUGACCUGUGGUUCUGCAGGGAGCCACGGACCAGGGAUCCGUUCUGGGACUCCUCCAGCACCAGCUCAGAGGAGUGGGAGAGGGAAGAGAGGAUGCACCACAAACCCAGGCUUGUGAGGACCAAGACAGAGAGAUUUUCCCUCUUUGAUGACUUCUUUGACAGGGAUUUCUAG